AUGAAACAACAGGUGCUAUACUACAAAAUUGUUGAGAAUAAACCAUUCAAUGCUUUGUUGGUAUUAGAUGAAAUUGGUAAAAUAUAUUACGCGUCAAUAGGUAAGAAUUCAAAUGCAUUUAGAGAACAAUUAGUCAAUGAUUUUAAACCAUUAAAAGAUUAUCAAUUGAGACCAGUUUCAACAUUAAAUCAUAAUUCAGCAAUUGAAGAAGAAAUCUUAAAAUUUAUGAAAGUACUAAAAGAUCCAUCAACAUCUCAAGAAUUUGAAAUUGAGUUUAUAUUUGGCACAAAUUUACAACGAAAAGUAUGGAACAAAUUAUUAGAAAUCCCCAAAGGUCAAGUCAAAACGUAUGGAGAUAUAGCUAACGAGCUAGGUAUGAAAGUUGGAUCGAGUAGAGCUAUUGGGAAUUGUAUUGGUGCUAAUAGAAUUGCAAUUAUUAUUCCUUGCCAUCGAGUUUUGGGAUUUAAUAAGAAGAUAAAUGGUUAUAGAUUUGGGGUUGAUGCUAAAGAGUAUUUACUAAAGCAUGAAUUGGGUAAUUCUUAUGAUGAGUUUGUUAAGUGA